GCGCUCAACUCACGAGAGAAAAUAAGAAUGAGCCUAAAUUCAACCGUCAACGAAUCGCUCGCGGUUUGACUCCGCCUUUAAAAGUCUCGACAUUGACACAUUUGACAUUCUCUCAGAGAAAAAAAAAAAAAAAAAAAAGAACUCCGUCGCCGAGGUAGUCAGAAACCUCUCUGGGUUUUCUCGUUUUCCCACAGCUGUGAGGACUUAUCGCCGCUUGAGUGUCGACUAUGCUGGACCCGUCCUCCAGCGAUGAUUCUGAGGGUGAACUACCACCUGAGGACGAGCCGCCCGUUAAAACUGGGAAACCCGUUAAAAAGAGUCCCAAACCCGAAAAGACGUCGGAUGCCCCGCGAGCCCAAACCAAGGAGCCGGUCCCCUCCUCCGCCGAGGCAGACAAAACGGAGCAGGAAAGGCUUCAGAAAGAGGAGACGGAGAGGAAAAUUAAACUACAAAUUUACGUGUUUGUGUUGAGGUGUAUCGCGUACCCGUUUAACGCCAAACAGCCCACAGAUAUGGCUCGCCGUCAGCAAAAGCUGAAUAAGCAGCAGUUACAGGUGGUGAAGGAACGAUUCCAGGCCUUCUUGAAAGGAGAGACGCAGAUUGUGGCUGAUGAAGCUUUCUGUAAUGCUGUGCGCAGUUACUAUGAGGGCUUCCUGAAAAGCGAGCGAGUUGCCCGUAUGGUGCAAAGCGGAGGCUGCUCUGCCAGUGACUUCCGUGACGUCUUCAAGAAGAAUAUUGAGCGUCGAGUUCGUAGCCUACCUGAGAUCGAUGGUUUGAGCAAAGAGACUGUACUCAGCUCUUGGAUCACAAAGUAUGACGCCAUCUACAAAGGAGAAGAGGACCAGCGGCGGCCGCAAGGACGCAUGCCCUUCACCGCUGUGUCCGAGCUCAUCCUCAGCAAGGAGCAGCUCUAUGAGAUGUUCCAGCAGAUACUGGGAAUCAAGAAGUUUGAACAUCAGCUACUUUACAAUGCCCUGCAGCUGGACAAUGUGGAUGAGCAAGCGGCACAGAUCCGCAGAGAGCUGGAUGGGAGACUGCAGCUGGCUGAGAAAAUAGCUAGAGAGAGAAAGUUCCCAAAGUUUAUAUCCAAAGACAUGGAGAUGAUGUAUGUGGAGGAGCUCAGGUCUUCAGUUAACCUUCUGAUGGCUAACCUGGAGAGCCAGCCUGUGGCCAAAGACUUCAAGCCCAAAAUCAAGCCCAAACUCACACCCAUGAACAGUUUCCUGGACAUCUGCGAUGAGAACGACUUGCCUCUUUCCAAAUCUGACGUAGUGCUCUCAUUUACUCUGGAGAUCGUAAUCAUAGAAGUGCAGGGGCUGAAAUCAGUUGCUCCUAACCGGAUUGUGUACUGCACUAUGGAGGUGGAGGGAGGAGAGAAGCUGCAGACGGAUCAGGCCGAGGCCUCCAGACCACAGUGGGGCACACAAGGAGACUUCACCACCACACACCCCCUGCCUGCGGUCAAAGUCAAACUCUUCACUGAAAGCACGGGAGUCCUGGCUCUGGAGGACAAAGAGCUGGGCAGGGUUGUUCUUCAUCCCACCACAAAUGGACCCAAAACAGCAGAGUUGCACAAGAUGGUGGUUCCUAAGAACAGCCAAGAUGUAGAUCUGAAAAUUAAACUGGCUGUCCGCAUGGACAAGCCUCCCAACAUGAAGCACAGUGGGUAUCUUUACGCCUUAGGCCAGAGAGUUUGGAAACGGUGGAAGAGGAGAUAUUUUGUACUUGUUCAGGUGAGUCAGUACACGUUUGCCAUGUGCAGUUACCGGGAGAAGAAGUCAGAGCCGCAUGAACUGAUGCAGCUGGACGGGUAUACGGUAGAUUUCUCCGAUCCGCAGCCAGGUCUUCAGGGAGGUCGAGCCUUCUUCAGUGCUGUCAGAGAAGGUGAUCUGGUGGUAUUCGCCAGCACUGACGAUCAGGACCGUGCUCUGUGGGUCCAGGCCAUGUACCGUGCCACAGGCCAGUCCUACAAACCAGUAGCACCUGCCCAGAACCAGCAGAACUGCAGAGGAGGGAACGCUCUAAAAGAUGCACCUGUCUCUUUGCUCAGUCUGGAGAAGACUCAGAGACAGGGAGUGGAGGAGCUCAUCUCUGCCGUGCCCUGCAACUUCAACCACGCCAGCUUGUUCUGCACCCUGCAGAAACAAACGCUCACACACCGCAUGAACGACUCCUUUUCCUGCCUGGGUUGGUUCAGCCCGGGCCAGGUGUUUGUUCUGGAUGAGUACUGUGCUCGAUAUGGGGUGAGGGGCUGUCAUCGUCAUCUGUGCUACCUAAGAGACCUGAUGGAUUUUUCAGAUAACAACGCUCUGGUGGACCCUACCCUCCUACACUACAGUUACGCCUUCUGUGCCUCGCAUGUCCAUGGAAACAGACCGGAUGGCAUGGGCACAGUUACAGAACAGGAGAAGGAAGAGUUUGAGGAGAUCAGGACCAGAUUGUUGACUUUACUGGAAAAGCAGAUCACUCAUUUCAGGUACUGUUUCCCCUUUGGGCGACCAGAGGGGGCCCUUAAAGCCACGCUCUCUCUUAUCGAAAGGGUCCUCAUGAAAGAUAUUACAACACCAGUCCCUCCUGAAGAGAUGCAGAAGAUUGUUAAGAAGUGCCUGGAAAAAGCUGCUCUCAUCAAUUACUCCCAGCUGACCGAAUACGCCCAGAUCGAAGAAAGCAGCCAGGCACCUGCAGAGAAGAAGUUGGAGGACAUGAUCAGACUAGGAGAGCUGUGUAUAGAGGUGUUACAACAGAAUGAUGAGCAUCACUCUGAGGCCUUCUCCUGGUGGCCAGAGGUGAUGGCCAAGCAUGCCGAGACCUUCCUGUUGCUCUACACUGUGGACAUGGACGCAGCACUGGCUGUCCAGCAGCAAGACUCCUGGGACAGUUUCCCUCUCUAUCAGCUGCUCAACAAUUUCCUGCGAACUGACCCUCACCUGUGCAAUGGAACCUUCCACAAGCAUCUGCAGGACCUAUACAUACCUCUGGUGGUGCGAUACAUCGACCUGAUGGAGUCGUCAAUAGCUCAGUCCAUCCACCGUGGCUUUGAGCAGGAGACCUGGCAGUCUGUGAAGACUAUAACCAACAAUCUUCCAAGCGUUCCUCUGCCCAGAGUUCCCAACCUGCCUCUUAACCUCCCGCAGAUGCCCAGCUUCUCAGCCCCUUCUUGGAUGGGGCCACUGUGUGACAGCACCGGACAAGGAAUUAAUUUGCCAGACAUUUUUAAUGGCUCGGCCACAUCCGAAGAUCUGUUUUGGAAGCUGGAUGCUCUUCAGAUGUUUGUAAUGGACCUGCACUGGCCAGAGCCAGAGUUUGCCCAACAUCUGGAGCAGAGGCUCAAACUCAUGGCCAGUGAUAUGAUGGAGGCCUGUGUUAAAAGGACCAAAGCUGCCUUUGACUCUAAGAUGCAGAAGUCAAGCAAAUCCACUGAUUUCCGCAUCCCCUUGUCAGUGUGCACAAUGUUUAAUGUUCUCAUGGACGCCAAGAAACAGUGCUCCAAGCUUUGUGUUCUUGACCAAGGUCAGGAGGUUGACCAGCAGUGGCAACAGUACCACACAAAAAUUGAUGUCCUGAUCGAUGAGGCCUUUAAGGAAAUGAUCUCCUCCUUGGUCUCAAAGUUUGCAGCUGUUUUGGACGGGGUGUUGUCCAAACUCUCACGAUAUGACGAGGGAACAUUCUUUUCCUCCAUCCUCUCUUUCACAGUAAAGGCAGCAGCCAAAUAUGUGGAUGUCCCUAAACCUGGUACGGAUCUAGCAGAUACCUACAUCACCUUCGUAAGGCAAAACCAGGAUAUUCUGCGAGACCGUGUAAGCGAAGAAAUGUACUCCGAGAAAAUCUUUGACCAAUGGUACAACUCUUUCAUGAAGGCAGUUUGUGUCUGGCUGACAGACAGGCUCGACCAGCAGCUGCAUGUUUACCAACUCAAAACUCUCAUCAAGAUUGUCAAGAAGUCAUACCGUGACUUUCGGCUACAAGGCGUGCUGGACGGCACUUUGAACAACAAGAGCUACGAGACUGUUUACAACCGCCUCACUAUCGAGGAAGCCACUGCGGCCGUGUCUGCCACCGACGGCCUCCAGGGCAUCACCAUGCGGGACAGCGAUGAAGAGGAGGGUUAAUGUCCCACCUAUACGGGUUGUCAUUAUCUCAAAGGCGAUACGAAAAGGCCAAAUUCCAGCUCUCCUGAUUGGAGCUUACGCUUUAUGCUCCCCAGCCAGUGCUACGGUGCCCUUUUGUCUAAGCUGCGGUAUACCGAUGUCACUAUGCUUUUAAAAAACUCUCAUUGGCCACUUACAGACAGCUCCAGUGUCCGUGUCUCUGUCAUUCUGUAAUUGAUGUGUGGUGAUAUGGUGGCCCGUCACGUAACGAGGCAGGUUCGAACCGUGAUUGUCUAAUGUGAUAGCAGGAAGAAGGCACAUUAAGGACUAACCAAUUAUAUGGGUUUGUAAGUGUAGCAUAGAAAUGGUGUAAAAGCUAGAAAUACAGACUGAGAGGGAAGUAGUGUUCGCUUGUGUGCUGUUUUUUUUUUUUUUUUUUUUUUUUUUUGCAUCAGCUUGGGAUCCUCAGUCCAAAGCCCCAAAUAUGAUGGAUGAAAUGCUAGUUGUUCACAGUUUAUUCAAUGAAAUUGUGCCACUAUUUCAAUCAAUAGCUAUGAGUUCAAGUUCAGAUUCUUCUGUAGAAGUAACAGUCUGGUGUAUCUAGUAUGUUUUCAGUGUCCAACUAUGUUGCAGAUGAAAGAUGUCAUUGAAUUAAAAAAAAAAAAUUGUAUAUUUCUAUUGUCUUUGUGCACCUGAGUUUGCCCAGGUGUCUUUUAAGUGUUAGAAUUAAAGUGUUUUA